AUGGGUGGUUUCAGCGAGAAGGAAGAAGCUUUGAUCAGAAUCUCAUGGGAGGAAUUGAUGAAAAACUUUCCCCAUCUCAGUCUUCGUUUCUUCACCUUGAUAGUCGAGAUUGCACCUGAGGCAAAAGACAUGUUCUCCUUUUUAAGGGAUUCAGAUGAAAUUCCUCAGAAUAAUCCUCUGCUGAGGGGCCACGCUAUGAAGGUUUUCAAGCUGACAUAUGAAUCGGCAAUGCAACUUCGAGAGAAAGAAGAGGUGGUAGUAGAGGAUACUUUACUGAAGUAUUUGAGUUCUGUCCAUAUCAAGAACGGAAUCCUUGAUGCCCAUUUUGAGGUGCUUAAAGAAGCACUGCUGAAGACAAUAAAGGAAGCAAUGGGAGAUCGAUGGAGUGAGGAUAUGAAUAGAGUAUGGGCUGCAGCUUACGAUGGGUUGGCGACUGCAGUAAGAAAGGAGAUGAAGGAAAGUAUCGAUGGAGUAUUCCAGAUUCUCUAA